AUGUCAUACAAUAAUACACUUCCAUCAAAUAUUUUCUCCAAUCAUCACCAAUUCAUGCAAAUUUGUGAUUAUGACGACAAUGAUGUUGAUGAUGAUAACAAUCAUGAUCAUACUAGUAAUACCAGUCACAAUAUGAUCCAUCCACCACCCAACUUGUUCACACCACAAACUGCACAGAUGAUCUCAUCCAUACUACCCAUUUCCACUUCCACCUCCUCCACAUCUGUGAUUCACACUAAUGUGGAUAAUCACAGUGAUUCUCACUCAUUUUCCUCACAAACAGAUCCAUUCCGCUUAGCAUUCGAAACAUCACCUAUUCAUUCAAACACCAUUCAUCAUUACAAUACGAAUUGUAAUCGUCAUCUUCAUUCUGGUAUACAACACUACAACUCCUUGUUCAUUCCAUACCACAAUUACAUCAACCAAUGGAACAAUGUGCAGACGAACAAUGUCACUCCACCUGUCGACGACAACCACAACACUGUGAAUGUGGCCAAAAUAAAGGGAUUACAUCGCAAUCAUCCACAACGUCGUCAACAUCAUCGUCAUCACCGCAAUCACCAUCAACAACAACAACAACAAUUCCAAACUCACAAUGUCAAGCCGUGUGAUCUGAUCACAGAAGAUGAACCGAAACCGAAUUUCAGUUAUAUUGGAUUGAUUGCAAAGGCCAUACUCAGUACACAAGAAAGACGUAUGAUAUUGUCAGAAAUCUAUCAAUGGAUUCAACUACGUUAUCCAUAUUUCAGUACACGUGGACCAGGAUGGCGUAAUUCCAUUCGACACAACUUGUCAUUGAAUGAUUGUUUUAUUAAAGUCGGUAGAGCAGCAAAUGGGAAAGGACACUAUUGGGGAAUCCAUCCAGCCAACUUGAAAGACUUUCUCAGUGGUGACUUCAGAAGACGUAGAGCACAACGCAAAGUACGUCGAGCAUUAGGAUUGAGUCGACCUGACGAUAAAAUUCAUGAUGAUGAUGACGACGACGAUGAUGAUGAUGAUGGUGUUGACGUUGAUGGUGAUGGUGGUGGUAACGGUGAUCGAGGUGAUGACCGAAACUCACAAACACUCAAUUCUCCACUCAUUCAACAAACAUUUCUCCAAUUUCUACAUCCAUAUAUACCCACAUAUCAACUGAUCAGGUCAACACUCACACCGAAUUCCUCUCCAACACUCACAACACACAAACACACAUUCAAUGCCAAAUCAUACAAUCCACCACAUACACCAAUACCAAUCACAAACACAAACACAAACACAAACAUACUCACAUUCGAUCAAUUGACCGAUUCUACUAACAACCACUACACAAACAAUCCAUCGAACAUCACAACUCCUCUCCUAUUCAAUCCAUCACCUGUCCCACUCAUUCACAAUUCACACCGACUACCUCACCAAUCACCGAUAAAUGCAUCACCAACAAGUCGAAUGAACGAUUCCACUGAAUUCAAACAAUCAAUCCAAACACUAAACACCACCAAUCAACUAUGCAAAUCGAGUUGCACCAACGACACAUUGAUCGAUCUCUUCUACAUCAAUUUGAUGCAUUUACUCAAAAAUCAUCAUUCAUCCAUUCAAUCUGACAUGGAUGGUAAACACACAUGUGACAAGCCUCUAUUACCGGUUCCAAAUUCAAUUGCAAGUACCAACCAUACUACUACUAAUACUACUAAUACUAACAGUACAACAACAACUACUACUACUACUACUACCAAUAGUAAUAAUAACAAUACACAUACUAACGCCACUACCAGUACUACCCACACAACAAACACUAUCAUUCCUCUCAGUAUUCCUAUCUCUGAUCAUCAUCGAGUUGAUUGUCAAUAUGUGAAUUCAUCAUGUUCUUCACUCGAUCCUGUAUUCCUCAGAUCUCAUCCACUCUCCACUCAACAUCCAGUCAAUGUCAGUUUCAAUGUGGUCAACUUGAUUGAUCACAAACUCAAUCCAAGUGAUCCUGUUCCUAAUUCCGAUCCUACUCGUAAUCAUGAUGAUGAUGAUGAUGAUGACAAGAGUGUUGUUGUUGUUGUUACUGAUGUAAAUAAUGAUGCUACAAUCUCUAAAAUGAUGAAGUCACGACAAUAUCAUGUUUACAAUGAAGGUGAUCAGAAGACUGAUCUUGAUCAGAAUGAAUCACAAAAUGAUGAUGAUGAUGAUGAUGAUGAUGAUGAUGAUGAUGAUGAUGAUGAUGAUGAUGAUGAUGAUGAUGAUGAUGAUGAUGAGGAUAUUAAACUGGAAUUACAUCCAGCAAAACUCACCAUCAAUUGA